AUGGACCAAUCAGCAGGCUCUGACCCAGGUGACAUCACAAUGGCUGAGGAACACCUGAGGCACUUGGAGGGGCAGAGCAGCAGAAGGACAGGGCAGAGUGGCCUCCUGUCCUGCUUCCCUCUUGUCCCCUUUGGGUACUGCUGUCACUCCGUGGCAGUCACCCAGGAGCUUCUUGAGGCAGAAGAGGAGCACCAAGAAAUGGGUAGACGUAGGCGUUUCAUGAAGCUGCCUACCUGUGAACUCUCCAGCCUUGGAGAGAUUGCAGAGCUAGUGACCUCUGUUCGCCUCUCACGCAUCCGCGAGGGAAAGCUAGCGCUGGCCUUGAGGAGUCAAGGCUAUAUUGCAAAGCUGCUACAGCUUUUCCAACUCUGUGAGCACUUAGAGUACACCCAAGGCUUGCAUCUUCUGUUUGACAUCGUGAGAGAAAUUCUGUACCUGGACAAAAUGAUUCUGUAUAAGGUGAUGUUUUCUGACGACUGCAUUAUGGAUGUUGCCGGAUGCCUUGAGUACGAUCCUUGUUUGGCUCAGCCAGGAUUUUACAGGAAAACCUUGACCAAAGGAGAAAAGCUUCAGGAGGCUAUUCCUAUCAAAGACCCUAAACUCAGGCAAAAGCUCUACCAGGUGUCCAGGGCAGAGUACAUUCGGGCCAUCAUCAUGCCCAAUGCGUUGGGUUUGGAAGAGGGUUCUCUUUCUACCCUCAAUUCCUUUAUCAGAUCCAGCAAAGAGAAGAUUUUACUUCAGCUGCAGAAGGAUGAGGAAUUGUUUUCUGAAGUUUUUGCACAAUUAAUGAACGAAGCUACAUCUGUCGAGCAAUGCUGUGCAUUGAUGAAGUUUCUCAAGGAAAUGUGUGCCGUGUCUUUCACAUUACCUGAGACAAGACAUGAAUUUCCUCAGACUUUGGCAAAGUUGGGAUUUCUUCCAAUUCUUGAAAAGUUAAUGGGAGUGGAUGAUCUGCGAGUUAGAUCUGCUGCUACAGAUAUAUUGUCUGAUCUAGUAAAAUUUAGUCCAGCCACAGUCCACGAAUUUGUCAUGCAAGAGGCCCGACAGAGUGAGAAUGAUACCCAAGUCAUCUUUGAGGUCAUUAAGCAGAUAAUCUGUAGCCCCGACCCUGAAUUUGGAGGCAACAGUCAGUUAAUGGAGAUUUUGUGUGCACUGAUCGAUCCAGAGAAAAUGAUGGACACACUUAGUCUUUUAGAAAUAUUUGAAUUUCUCGAUAUCUUCUACGACCGCUACAUUCAUGUUCUCACUGCGCCACUUCUGGCUCAUACCUCAGAAGAAUGGUAUGAAAUAGGUAAUGACAAUUUAAAUAUUUUUCCCUUUGAAGGGCCUGACAAUUAUCAAACAGCAGAAAUACUUGCCUCCGUUUUGGAGCUGCUGUCCUUUUGUGUGGAACGGCACAAGUAUCACAUGAGGAUUUAUAUGAUGAACAAAGAUCUCCUAAGAAGAUCACUGCUCUUGGUGAAAUCCAAACACAAAUUUCUGGCCUUGUGUGCUCUGCGCUUUAUGAGGAGGAUAAUUGGCCUGAAAGAUGAAAUUUAUAACCGUUACAUCGCUCUGGGAAACCUGUUUGAACCAGUGGUAAAUGCUGUGUUGGACAACAGCAAUAGGUGCAACCUGCUCAACUCUGCCUUGCUGGAGCUGUUUGAAUUUAUCCAAAAGGAGGACAUUCAGUUCCUUAUUGCACAUAUAGUUGAGAACUUCUCUGAUGCACUGGAAUCUGCCAAAUACAUUCACAUAUUCCAGGGACUGAAGACAAAAUAUGAGCAAGAAAAAGACCGGCCAAAGGAGAAAGCAAACAGUGCGAUGUUUGCCAAAGAAGCAACGAGCUUUCAGGUGGAUGAAGAGCUGCAGUUCAGUGAAGAUGAACAGAAGGCAGCUGCAGUGCCACCAGCAAGCUCCAAUGGCUCCUAUCCAACAAGCAUAAGCCUGACCACAGUGGUGACAGUCCCCAAGGUGGGAGAGAACUUUGGUGGAAGCUCCUAUCCUCAUAGACGUCUGUUUGAAGUAUUUAAUAAUCCAGAUGACAAAGACGAUGAGACACCUCCAAAGAAAAGAGCUCGUUGA